CAACAGUCAAUGUCAACGUCACCGCUGGUGAGGAUAAUCGUCCAAAUUUGUCGCACCCACAACUCAGAAUUACGACCCACGACUCCGCUGCAAUCCCUUGAGUCGACGACACCGACCUGCAUGGCUCAGCAGACAUCUUACGUCCACUCGGCUAUACCUUCAGUACGGUCUCGUACAACCCAAGCGCAGACACGCCGCCUCUCGACGCCAGCAUCCCCGGCAGACCAGUGUUGCGCUCGACCUCUACCUCACCCCCUUCACCCCCUCCACCGUUACCCACCAUGCCCCGACGACUAGCAACAGCGGUGCCCAGUACGCUCUCGCGACUUCAGCAGGGCAACAUGCUCAAAAGCGUGCCUCGCAUUCUUCCCGUGCUCGCUGAGAUCCCGCCUCUUCUCCUCGGUCCACGCGCGCCUUCCGCUCGACCAACCGACGAGCUCUCACCGGAACAAAGAGCGGACACUUCUGCCACGACCCAAUCCGUAUCACGCGCGCUAUCCAAGUCGAAGAAGAAGUAUCCCUCGUUGAGCCCGCAAAAGAUUGUGUACUUGGGAGACAAGGUUAGGAAAACAUUCUUCAAGGAUCAUCCGUGGGAGUUGAAACACCCUCGUAUGCUCGUCGAGGGAAGGGAAAGUCGAGCUGCGAGGGACCCGACGGUGCCAGGUCAACCUGUCGAUCUUUCUCUGUGGGGUAAUUAUCCGACUGCUGAAGACGUCAUCUCCUGCGUCCUAUUGCAGCACAAGAGAGAAGGCAUUUCGCUCAGCGCAGCGUAUCACCACACGCUCUCCUCUUUCUACUCACUUCGAGCUCGAGCGGAACAUUCGCGCAGAUCAGCAGUAGCAGAAGCGCUAGCGUACGGCGCCACUUUCCCCAUCAAGUACGGCAAGUCCGAGUAUCAGGCUGGCGGAGCUCGAGAAAUUUUGCGCUUCACGCUGCGAGAAGGUCGAGAGAUCAAAAGCGGGGCGGGAUUCCUCAAUCCUGACAUUAUUCCUGCUGCACCUGGAACGACGACGGGUGCUGGUGCCAGCGCGGCAGGGGGACAGACGACGGAACGCAGAGGAAAUGCCAGAUUGGACACUUGGACGGGCGGCACAGCCUAUCUACAAGCUAGCAGAGCUGCGCGGGACGAAGCCAGACGCAUCAAAGAGACGACACUCUCCCCUUCGUCUGUCCAGUCUGCUCAGGAAGAUCUGGAUGGGCAGGGGUCCGACGAUGCGAUCAGCACGCCUGCGAUGAGGGAAGCAGCGCAACAGAUCGAGCCUCAAUUGUCGAGCGUGCUGGAGACGAAGAGGGCGAUGGGAGAGCAAUCGGUUCGAACGGCGGACGAGGCGGCGCAGGGAAUCAGCGAGGAAGCUGCAUUCUCUCACGCUGUUCAAACACCUUUGCGCGCAUCACCAAGAGGAGGAAAAGAAGAUUAGAAAGUGGGCACCAGUUUAGAGUGACAGUCGGUUGGCUCAUGUAUGCCUGGGACCUGGCGGCAUUUCCAACCUUUAUUCAUCACCACAAGGCACGUCAACUGGAUUGUUUGGAUUUGUGAGGCUUGUCUGCGUAGAGUGGGGCUUUGUGUGCGAGGCACAAUGUCGCGACUCAUUGCAUAGUGCGAAGCGCACUGUCCAAUUCCCGAUCGAUGAUCGACACGAGAAGGCAUUCAACAUGUCCCAUCCAUUUUUCUUCUCGCCUCAUUCAAUCGAAUCGUAAAUGGUCGGUAGUGUGUGGUGGGAGGCAAAUUGUAUCCUUUUACUGUUGGUCUUCAAGUCUCGUCCCCUCCUGUAUGUCCUUCGACAAAAAGAGACGGGCGGGGCGAUGCGUAUCGAAUCGAUGACUUUGGCC